GGCUAUUUGGCAUAUUUUUUUUCUCACUGCUUUUUCUUCCCUUUCUUGUCUCUUUCUUUCCCUUCUCUCCUCCUCUUCACACUCACUCUACUCUAUACGCAUUGCUCUCUCACCCUCUCCUUUUUAUGGUUAUUGAAAACUAGAAGGAAAAAAAAGGAAAAACCCCAUUAAAAAAGCACACUGUUUUUCUCUUGCUCACAGUGUCCAUUCAAUUUUCUGCAAAAGACCCAGAUUCCUACUAGGGUUUGGGUUUCUUCUUAAUGUUGUAAAGCGUGACUCUCUUUUCAUAUCUAAGAGCUUUGUUGGUUUUUCUUUUUUCUUGUUGAAACUUGAAAGCAGCAAUGGGUAAAAAUGUGCUGGUUUUGGGUGUUGCUCUUUUGCUUCUGCUUCUUCUUGGAGGUGUCUCUUCAGCUCCUACUACUUCUUCACCUGCAAAGAUCGUUAGUGGAUUUUUCUCUAAUGCUUUGUCUGCUUUUAUGAAAUGGUUAUGGUCACUCAAAACUACCACCAAAACAGCAAUUACUGGCCGUCCAAUGAUGAAGUUUGAGGGUGGAUACAAUGUGGAGACUGUGUUUGAUGGAAGUAAGCUUGGGAUCGAGCCUCACACUGUUGAGGUUUUGCCUAGUGGUGAGCUGCUGAUUUUGGACUCUGCUAAUAGCAACCUUUAUCGGAUUUCUGCUUCCUUAUCUCUAUAUAGUAGACCUAGGCUGGUUGCUGGAUCCCCUGAAGGAUACUCUGGACAUGUAGAUGGGAAGCCCAGAGAGGCAAGGAUGAACCAUCCAAAAGGGCUAGCCAUAGAUGACAGAGGGAACAUUUAUAUUGCAGACACUAUGAACAUGGCAAUCAGGAAGAUAAGUGAUGCAGGUGUUACAACAAUUGCUGGUGGGAAAUGGAGCCUGGGAGGGGGACAUGUAGAUGGACCAAGUGAAGAUGCAAAGUUUUCUAAUGAUUUUGAUGUGGUCUAUGUUGGAAGCAGUUGCUCCCUUCUCGUGAUAGAUAGAGGAAAUCAAGCUAUCAGAGAGAUUCAACUCCAUUUUGAUGACUGUGCUUAUCAGUAUGGAAGUGGUUUUCCUCUUGGAGUUGCAAUUCUUGUCGCAGCUGGCUUCUUUGGUUACAUGCUAGCUUUGCUGCAACGUAGAGUGGGCACCAUUGUAUCUUCCCAGAAUGAUCAGGAAUCAGUAAAAGUGAAUGCUGCUGUAUCGAGUCCAUAUCAGAAACCCCUGAAAUCAGUCAGGCCACCUUUAAUCCCUACUGAAGAUGAACCAGAGAAGCAAGAAGAAGGCUUCUUUGGAUCCCUUGGGAAGCUUUUUGCCAAUGCUGGUGUUUCUGCUUUAGAAAUUUUGGGAGGAGUAAUUCCUGGUCUUAGAAAGAAGCCACUAAGCUAUCAAUAUCAGAGCCAGCACCAGCAACAACAGAAACACUCAAUGUCCUGGCCUGCACAAGAGAGCUUUGUGAUACCAGAUGAAGAUGAGCCCCCUUCAAUUGAUACACGAACCCCCACUCCACGGAAAAUGUACCCCUUCAUGUCCAAGGAUGCAGAAAAGAUCCAUCAGUUGCGUCAAAGCCGGGCCUUCUACAGUGGAUGGGAUACCGAUAUGCAGCAGCAUCAUCAUCGCUAUCAGUCAUCCACCCCGCAUACUUACUAUGAGCAGAGCAAUGAGAAAACCAAUGAGAUAGUUUUUGGGGCAGUUCAAGAACAAGAAGGAAAGCGGGAAGCUGUGGUCAUAAAGCCUGUUGAUUAUGGAGACCAAACGUAUGAUCAUCACAACAUUCGGUUCCGAUCAAACAUGGGUUACAACGGGGGUUAUUAAUCACACACAACAGAGAUUUUGGAGUACUUACCUCCUUAGAAGCAUGAUAUUGGUCCUUAAAAAUUUAGGAUAAAGCAGUUACGAUUUGUUGAUAGAGAAAUGAGUGUGUGUGGCCUGUGGAGCAGCUUUAGUGCUACCUGGGGUUCAGUCUCGGCCGGCCUAAAUAUUGUAAGGCUACUGGUAUAAAACAUCAUGAAACUCUCUUUUCUCUUAUUCAUUUGUCAGCUUCUUAUAAAGGUUGUCCAAUUUUCUCUGCAAUUUUUUGUGGCAAAUGAGGUCAGUCGAAGGGGUAGAAAUAUUGGAACAGCAUCUCAUACUUCAUAAUACAAAAUUUGAAGGUCUUGGGCUUGCA